AUGGCAGCGCCGCCUCCUCCGCCUCCUCCCGCGCGAGGCGGACUGUCCCUCUACGCAAACCUCCUCGACCCGGCCGCCGAUUCCUCCUCCGCGACGAUAUCCAGCGCGCCAGUCCGCUACAACCAAGAUGCCUCCUCAGGCGACGCCAAGGAUGAAGCAGCGGCGAAGAAGCUUAUAGAUCCAUCCCUGCGCUUCCAACCCAUCCGUCGCCCGCAGGUCAAAUCCUCAAAGCCAGCGAAACCGACAUUCCCAAAACACAUUCCAGGCGCGGCACCGUCCUCAACAACAGCGCCAUCAACAGCAGCAACAGCAACAGCAGCUCCCGCUCCGCCGCCGAAGACGACCCUCGCAGACUGGACCGCGACGACGGAAGACGACGACUUCCGCUACGGCGGGCCCCCGGACCGCUCCCACCAGCGCGGCGGUCGCCGCAAGAAGAAGAAGAAGAACCACGACCAGCAUGUCGAGACCAAUUGGGACGACAUCUACGACCCCUCCAAACCCACAAACGUCGAGGAGUACCUCCGCAGCGACGAGCGCAUCCGCGAGGUCCAGGAGUGGAAGCGGCUUCUGUACCGCCACCGCCGCGGGAGGAGCGUCAGCGACGACAGCGACGAGGAGGAUGCCAGGCCGGCGACGAACCAAUUCGCCCCGCCCGCAGAAUACUCCUUCGUCCCCCCUCCCCCAGCCUCACCACCACCACCACCAGCAGCCUCAGCAGCACCUCCGCCCCCCAACGACGCAACAGGCGACGACGCCUACGCCCGCCGCCUCGCAAUGUCCUCCUCGAACCCCCCUCCGCUCCCGCCGCCGGCAGACGAAGCAACAAUCUCCCGCGCACCCGUCCGCUACACCCGCCAGGAACCCUCCAGAUCCGCCUCCGCCUCCCCGCCGCCGACUCUCGGCCUCGGCGCCUCCUCCACAGCAGCAGCCCCAGACGAAGACGCCGACGCCCCGCGCUCCAACCGCCCAGGCCAAGCCGGCUUCGCCCAGCGCCUCAUGUCCAAGUACGGCUGGACAAAGGGCUCCGGCCUCGGCGCCGACGAGGGCGGCAUCGUCAACCCGCUGCGCGUGCAGGUCGAGAAGCGCAAGAAGAAGUCCGACGCCGAGGGCGGCGGCUGGGCCGAGCCCGCCAACCGCGCCAAGAUCCUCGGCGGCAAGCGCAAGGACGCAGAGGGCGAGGGCGGCGGCAAGUUCGGCGGGCCCAUGAGCGAGGUCAUCGUCCUCCAGCACAUGCUGGACAACAUGGAGGACCUGCAGGGCGAGAUUGCCAACGGGCUAGGACAGGAGAUUGGCGAGGAGUGCGGCGAGAAGUACGGUCGUGUAGAGCGAUUAUACAUCGAUGUCGAGAACCGGCAGGUCUUCAUUCGAUUCACGGAUCAGGUAUCUGCGCUUCGUGCUGUAAACGAACUUGACGGGCGCAUUUUCAACGGCAAUACCGUGAUACCCAAGUUCUACGACACGGCCAAGUUUGAGCAGGGCAUAUAUCGAUAG